GGAUGACUUUUCCACUUACUUCACCCAUCACACAAAACAGUGUUAGGCAGACAUGGAGAGAGCAGACUUAUUACAGAGACUGACUGACUCUUGGAAAAUAUAAUUACACAAAAUAGUAGGACGGAAGAAAACAGACCCUCAUUUUGUCAAUUUUUUUUUUUUUUUUACACACGUGGUAAACUGAGUCACUUCUGCAGUCACACAGAUCAGCGAGCAUGGAGGAUUUCAGGCGAGGCAGAUGUGACAGUCUGGAUGCAGGGUCAAGGUGUGACAAGGAGGCGAUGAGCCCGAGUGACUAUAUCUCCCUCUACCACGAGGGCUGUGACCCUGCAGUCAUCCUCGAGCCUACACCAGCAGAGCUGGCUCAGUGUGAGGCUGAAGUGGGCACGCUGCUCAACAUCAUUGCUGAACUGAACAAGAAGAUGGGGUCACUAAAAGCUCCAAGUGAACCAGAUGACACGAGACCGCCGGCUCCAUCCAGGCCUCUGGUUCCAGAUCUUCUGUCUCACCGGCUCGUUAGAAGCAGCCCAGAAAGAAACAGCCCAACAUCUAAACCUCCACUGAAUGAGCAAGGAGGCAGUGGUGUUGUCUGGAGCAAACUGCAGGAGGUUUUAUCAUCAGUGGAGGACUCCAUCAGCUUCAGAAGGACCUGGGCGGCCCCCAUCACAGCUUCUGACCAGGAAAAGCACAGAGAGCAUCUGAGAGCAGCUCAAGAGAACUGGGUUAAAGCCAGCCAGAUAUUGGAAGAGAUGGAAAGAGAGUUUGGGAUUUCGUGCCGGUCGAGCUUCCCAAGAGACCAGUACCAGGAAGACAUGCUGGAUGGGGACAAACAGGAGUCUGCUCUCAGAAGCCCCCCACAGAGCAGCAUCAGCCAGGUGGAAGAGGAGAAGAACAAGCUGGUUGGUCUCCAUAAAGCCUGGAGGUCUGGCGGCCACAUUCCUUCCUACCGGCCCACUGCUGGGGCCCUAAGUCCAGACUGGGCCUCGCCCCCCUAUCCCGGUUCACCUUUACUCCACAGGAGAGCCAACAGAGCUGUGACGCCUCUGACUGUGGGUGGGGAUGGAUCUCCACUGGGAUCAGUUAACUCGGGCAGUCUCUGUCCCAGCCCCCUCAGCCUGGAGUCUGAGACAGAGCGGCUCAACAGAUGCAUCGAGAGGCUGAAGGCCAGAAACGAACGUCUCACUGCAGCUCUGGAGCGAAGGAAAGGAGAGUCGGAGCAGAUCAAUCUCACGCUGAACAGGCUUGAGUCCGACUGCUCGGCCCUGCAGAUGGCUCUCAGAUACUGUGAGGAGUGUGAAGAGGCCUACGGCGAGCUGCUGUCGCUUUAUGACGCCAGGAAGCAGCAAAGCAGUCCUCAGCAGAGUGUCUCAGCAGAGCCGGUCGGCGACAGUCGGGACCCAGACAGUCCAUUAGCUCAGCUGAGGAAAAUGGGCACUGAAGAGCUGUCCACCUCCUUCUCGACAGCAGGGGUCACAGAGGAGACGGAAACAGCGAGUCACACCGGGCAGAGGACGCCCGAGCCUGAGGAUCGGGAGGCGGCUCUCCGGCAGCAAAUUGAGCGCCUGAAGAGGGACCGGGCAGCCAUUUGCCUCCCUAAGCCAGGUCCAGGAGCAGAGGCCAAACUGAGCCCACCUGGACAAAGAGGGGGUCACAUGACUAAAGACAAACCUGAUAACAAGAAGGAGAAGGCUUCCCUGUUUUAUGAACUGAUCUCAGUCAGGGAGGAGAUGUCAGAUCUGCGAGCUUUAAUCCGCCUCAAGGAGAAAGAGCUGAGGUGUCUGGAGUGGAGUUUAAUGGGCCAGAAGGCUCAGGGAGCAGCUGGAGUCUUCAUCCCAGAAAGUCUCCAAGAGGAGGUGGAGGAUCGUAGGACUGAACAACAGAGGCUCUGUGAGAACGCAGCGAAGCUCGGUUGUGAAGGGGACAUCGCUGGUUAUAGGACAAGACCCAUCCUGAAAGAGCUGCAGGCGGUCCUGCAGAGGGAGCAAGCCUUGAAGAAGCGGCUGGCUUUGGUCCAUGAGUCACUGAACGCAGCCGUCUCAGACAGUUCCUCCCACAGGAGGGACAAUGCGGAGCAGAUAGCUCGCCUCACACAAGCUCACAGCAAAGCCUUGAGUUCAUACCGUCAGAUACGGAGGAAGUAUCGGGAGCAGGUGUGGCGGCUGGAGCAGAAAUUGGCGGCCUCGAUGGAGAGUCGACACGGCCAGGGCGGAGCUGCAAAAGCUGCAGAGGAAGCCUUGGAGUGGAGGAGGGAAGAGACUGUUUUAUAAGACAUCAAGUCUUCGCUGAAAGCCAUCUCGACAUCCGUAUCUUAAUCACAUCAGCUACAUGUGUAAAUAUGACGAGUAUAGCUUUCUGCUUUUAUCUAGUUUAUAUUACAUGCUUAUAUUUUUAGCCUUUUUCUGGGCCUGUAAAGAAUAUCUAUUUAUCUAGCAAUCAUUAAUGACAUCCAGCACUUUCUUUGGCUCUUGGGGGGUAAAAAAUAAAAGAUAGCACUGUGAUUUCUACCUGAACGGUUGUGUAAGAUUUAUCAAUAAACUGAAUUGGACUCUAAA